AUGAAAUAAUUAAAUAUUAUCCUCUUCUUAAUAUUAAUAGGAGUUCCAACAGUAAUUGCAGUAAAAGGAGUUGAUUUGAGUGCAUCUUUCAAUAAUUUUUCAUGCAUAAGAAAUUCUGGUUAUGAAUUUGCUAUAGUAAGAGGAUAUAUGAGUUAUGGAGCAGUUGAUUAUGUAGGUCUUUAAAAUUUAAGAAAUGCAAAAGCAGCUGGAUUGAUAGGUGAUGCAUAUUUUUUCCCUUGUAAAGGAAGUAUAAAUAUAAAUCUUAACUUAUAAAGAGAAGACAGCUUCAGCCUAAGUAUCUGAAUUUGAUAGUGCAUAUACUUCUGAAUAUGGUACAGUUUGGAUUGAUGUUGAAUCUAAUCCAAGUUCAGGAUGUGGAUGGAGUGCAUCAGAUUAUACAGGAAAUUGUCAAUUUUUAUAAGACAUAGUAAAAGAAUUAGUAAAUAGAGGAAGAUUAGUAGGAAUUUAUGCAUCUUAAUAUUAAUGGUCAACUAUUAUGGGUUCAGCUUCAGCAUGUGCUAAAUUUACUUCUAAGCCUCUUUGGUAUGCACAUUAUGAUAAUAAUCCAUCCUUUAGUGAUUAUCCUAAAUAUGCUUUUGGUGGUUGGUCUAACCCAUCUAUCAAACAAUAUGUAGGAGAUACAACUUUAUGCAGUGUUGGAGUUGAUCUUAAUUAUUAUUGAUACAUUAAUAAUAUAACCG